AGAGAGAGAGAGACACACACACAGUGACGCCAGUGUUUGAUGCGGGAGCGAGAGACUGUAGGCGGACCGUCAGAGGAGUGUGUUCGGGAUAGGAGACCGACUAACACUUCACUUCAAGCAACACACCGACCGGAGCAUUAAAGUCAAGCAAGAUGAGAAGCGACAUGUAAAGGCUCGUUCGACAGGAGUUCAUCGGGAAUCGCCCAGCUGAGCCGAACACAACCCCACGAUGAGGACAGAAUAUUUCAGUUAAAUGAAUGGCGCCUUUCAUCAGAACCUCCACAUCAUCAGAGAUGCAGGGCAGAGACGCCGUGAGAACCGCAGAGGAUCAGUGCGCCUGAAGCCCACACCAACGCGAGCUGUCCAGGGUCCUGAAGACGCGCCGCGCCAUGGGGAUACGACACUUUCUGCUGCUGCUCAUUUAUCUGGACCCUCUUAACGUGUUUUGCACACAGACUGCCAAACGACCCAAAAAGACUCAGAAGAUGAAGGAACUGAACGGCACCACCGUCGCACCGUCCGCGUCCACGCAGCGCAUCACGGAGGUCCGUCCGGUUCUCACGCACGAGAUCUGCCUGGGCUACUACGACGUGAGCGGCCAGUUCGACAAGGAGUUCGAGUGCAAUAACACCGACCACCGCUACUGCUGCGGCUCGUGCUACUUGCGCUUCUGUUGCCAGUUUAAAGGCAACCGGUUAGACCAGAGAACAUGCAAGAAUUACCACAAGCCUGACUGGGUGAAAACUGUGCCCCCAUCACCUGUCCCGACAGGUGAUACUUAUGACCCGAGCAUGGACCAAACGAACACCGCGGUCUACAUCACCUGUGGUGUCAUUGCUUUUAUUAUAGUCCUUGGGGUUUCGACUAAAGUCGCGUAUGACAAAGCAACCCAACCACCUCAGGAAAUGAACAUUCACAGAGCCCUUGCAGAUAUACUUAGACAACAAGGACCAAUUCCUAUAUCUCAAUACGACUGUGAGAACUUUGCGGCGAUGAACAGCUCAUCCAAAGACGACACGCCACAGCGCACGGGCUCCAAAAACCACUACACCCCCGUUCACAGCUCCAAAACCAAUCACGGAGCACAUUACUCGAAGGAGAGCACUCGAGGAGGCGGCCAUGACCUUCACAACUUCAUCUCUUCUGGCUUUGUGACGCUGGGCCGAAGUCACGUCAAAGGGGAGAAGCACUGGCCGGUUCGGUCUCAGAGUCAUCAUGGAGCCCAUCAACAUAAUCACAACCAUCUCGGUCUCAGUAGCCCAACGAGAACACCUAAAAAUGCUCACAGAUCUCUAAGGCAUGAGAGCACCCGGAUGAACAGUAUCCUCACCUCACAGACCGAGCCAUACGAUCUGUCCUUCUCUCGCUCCUUCCAGAGUCUCUCUCAUCUUCCCCCUUCCUACGAAUCUGCCGUGAAAGCUGACCUCAACAAAUACUCCUCGCUCAAGAGACUAACGGAUAAGGACGUUGACGACUACUACAGCAGGAAGAGGCAUCUUCCAGACCUAGCGGCACGAGGAACUCUUCCUUUGCACAUGAUCAAGAUAAACCAGGAGUCUCAGAGCAGCCAGCAGCAGCAACAGGCCCAGCAACAGCAGCAGCAGCAAGCGCCCCGCCAGCGUCCCCGCAGAGUUCAGAGGGCCAUGUCCCAGGACCGCGUGCUGUCCCCCGAACGCAGCCACGCACACGACUACCCGAUAUCCCCCUACGGCAUGCCUCCGUACGGCGGACGCAUCCUCUCCGACGAGCAGCUCCUGUCGGCCGAGCGCCUGCGCUCGCACGAGCGGCUCAUCUCGCAGGACCGCCACUACUCGCAGGACCGCAUCCACGCGCAGGACCGGCUUCACUCUCAGGAACGCCUGCACUCCCAGGACCGCCUCUACUCCCAAGACCGCCUCUACUCGCAAGAUCCGCUGAUCUCUCCCGACAAGAUGAUGUCCAUCAAGCGCUCCGGGUUCCACAGUUCCGACAAGUCCAUGUCCAGAGCCAUAUCGCACACGGACGUGUUCAUGCCCACCACGCCCGUCCUGGACCGCUAUAAGAUGACAAAAAUGCACUCCCAUCCCAGUGCCUCAAACAACACCCCACAGAACACUUCUACCAUGAACCAGACGGCCUCCAAGAGGCAGGCCUUCGCCUCCCGCCGCACGCAGACGGUGGAGCAGCUGCACUACGUUCCCCAGCAGCAUCACCAUCACUACCGCACAGGGAGCAAGACCGAAGUAACUGUUUAACUGCUCAGAAACUCACGGACAGUUGAGCCACGAGCCAACAGAAGCGUACAAGAGCCAGACUAGUCUCAGAUCCGGACUUUUCCAGCAGUUCUUCAGUAACUGACCCAGCACCAGCUACUCUAGAGUCAAUACCCAGACCAUUCUGUGUGCAUAUCCAUUCAUUUAUUUGUGUUCGUUUAUCACUGAUGAGGAAGGACUUGCUUGCCAGAUUCUGCAUUCGUAAGGGCUUUGCAUGGGGAUUUGCAGACAGCGUCAGAAGAAAGAACGUAUGAUAAAAGGUUUGGACAUGGAACAGAACUGUAUAAAUUUAUAUAUAAAUACACACAUAUAUAAAUACAAAUACUGUUUGUACUUCCGGUCCUAGUCAAUAGCUUUAGAAGUUCUUAUGAUGUUCGCGCACUUCUUUUGGUGCCUCUACGAAAAUGUUCCAUUUCAGCAACGAAGUGGUUUUGUGGGUUAAAAAGCACAAUCAAGUAAAAGUUGAGUUUUGUUCUGUUUUGCUCAUUCGUUCGGUGGGUGAUGGCUAGCAUAUAUCAGUUUGUUGUUCAAUUAAUGGCCAUUAAUUAUUUUGCGAAGAUGAUUGUAAAUAAGCUCUUUUAGCACCAGUAAAUGGACGAGUCUGUCCUGGUUGGCAUUUGUAUUAUUGUAGUCUGAUUUUUAGAGGUUCAAGACUUCUUCAGAACUAUAGACAACCCACUAACCCAGUGUUGGAUCAUUUAAAGUAAUAUGAUACUGUACGUGUGUCCGUUCAAAUGUGUUUGUAGAACGAGAAUCGGGCGAAUGUUGCUGAAAAAUAUGACAACUGUUGAUUUCUGGCUGUAGACUGUGUUGCAGUGACUCACAAGACAAAUGAGUAUAUUAUGCUUGUUGUAGUAGCUUCAAAUAAACCGUCCUUAUUUUUCUAAACAUGAAAA